AUGUUGAAGCGUCAGCAGGAUGCCAGAAUGCUUGUUUCCAAGGCGCAACGGUCAGGUGAUAUCCAGUUGCUGCAGCAGGCCAUCAAAGAUGCCACAGCAAUGGGUCUGCUGGACUCAGAGCUGACAGCAAUCAAGCGGAAGGUCCAGAGACUGGAAAUACAGGCAGAUGAGUUGAGGAAGCUUGAGGCUGCGACACAAGGCAGGUCAAUCAUGGAGCUACGAGCAUGUCUGCUCUCAGCUGCUGCAGCAGGACUUCCAGACACUGAUCUAGACAGAGGGCGAGUAGUUCUCCAGCAGGAGGAGAAGAAGGCUGCUGCCCGAAUCGUGCUCAAGGAUGCACGCCUUGGCAAAAAGGCCUCUGCUGAAGGCCGCGUCCAAGACCUGCGCGAGGCAAUUCAAGGAGGCAAAGCUGCAGGAAUGACGGCUGAGGAGCUUCAGCCCUUCGAGACAGCCCUGGAUCAGUUGCGACAGGAGGUUGCUGCCAGGCAGAUCUUGAAAGAGGCGGUAGAGAUUUCAACAAUUGAUGUCUUGAUGCCAGCUAUCGACGGAGCGAGAGCCGCCGGCAUUGAUGAGGAGGAUCUGGCAUUGGCGAAGCUCUUGGUUGAAGAUGCCUACAAGCCAGCGGCACGUGCAAAGCUGAAAGAGGCCGUUCAGAAGAGAGAUAUACCCACGCUAAUGGCGGCCAUCGAGCAUGCCAAGGUCGUGGGCCUGUCCGUGAUGGCUGUUGCCGAGGCAUCAGAGGUCUUGAAAGAGGAGGAGCUGAAAGUGCAACUUCGGAAGCGGAUCCUGCGGCUCGACCGAAGUCUGAACCAGCAGGAGCUCCGAGCAGCGAUCAACAUCUCCGAAGUUAAUGGCCUGACAAAAGCUGAACUGGCUCCUGCUCGCCAGCAGCUGGCUGAGCUCGAGCAGCAAGCCGCUGCCGCGACGAGACUCUCCACAGCCAUCGAGGCAGGAGAGAUCGUCGAAUUGCAGGCUGCUAUCAGAGAUGCGCGUGCCCUCAUUCAGAAAGUACUCACACCAUGUGUGGCCGAGGAGCUCAUCCAAGAUGCAGAGAAGGCCUUGAGAAAGGAGAUUGAGCAGGCAGCACGAGACAUGCUCCAUGACUCAAUCAAGCGGUGCAGCGGAGCGGCAGCAGUUUCCCGAAGCAAAGAUCUCCCUGAAGAAGGUGGCGAGCAGCUGAAUGCCAAAUCAGCUUUGCAGCAGCGACGCAGGAGCCAGGCGAACUUCGAAGCCGCGUUGCAGGCCAUCGGCGUGGAUGUGGGAUCCAGACCCGGGUCCCGAGACGCGCCUCCCGCGGCCGGGCGGCGAGCCUCAGGUCUUGGCAAGAGACGGAUGUCGGCCAUGUACGGCGGUCCAGCAAUGGGAGCAGCAUCUGGAGCUGGCGACGCAUACUUCGAAAGGAUGGAGACGAUCAAGACGGCUAUCAGGGGUGCAGAGGCUCUGCAACUUGACGAGACGGACAUCCUUCCAGCAAGAGAGGCACUUGCCGAGCAAGAGAAGAAGUUCCAAGCAUGUGCAGCUUUGGCGCAAGCGCGGAAGCUAAAGAGUCUGCAUCACAUCAAGGAAGCUCUUGAAAAAGCACAGGAAGCUGGCCUCUCGCACAUGGAAAUGAAGCAGACCAUCGAUGCACAGAAGGACAUCAAGAAACAGGACGAGGCUGCAGAGAAGCUAGAAGAUGCCGUCGAUUCUCGGGAUGCUGAGAAGCUUCGAUGGGCCAUCAAAUGGGCCAAGGAUGCUCGAGUGGAUGAAGACGACAUAGCGGACGCCGAGGAGGUCUUGCAAGAAUUGGAGCAGAGGGAAACUGCGCUCGCGAAGCUGAGAGCGGCAGAGGAAUCCAGAAACAUAGAGGAACUGGUGGAGGCCCUCAAAUUUGCACAGGAUUUGGAGGAGGACGAGCUGGAACCGUAUGAG